AUGACUUCUGAUCAGGACGCUAAACUGCAGGGCCAACACGUCCAGGAAGGGAAAGGCGGGGUUCAUCUGAUGAAUGGUCCUACAUCUCAAACCACUCCUCAGACAAGUCCCAUCCCAGCUUUGGGUCAGGUACCAACUGCCAAGGUUUCAGAGCUAAACCCAAAUGCAAAAGUAUGGGGAACACACAUGUUCCAUUUGGAGGCGAGUAGUGCAGCGGAUGGUGGUGUGAAUGCAGUGUGGGAGGACUCAGCCCACCAUGCAGACCCUGGCCAGGAUGGCUUGGAUGCCAAUGGUAAUGGGGGCAAGAGCUGUGAGUAUGCAGCAUUACCAGAUUUACAGGAUGCGGACCAAGCGGUGAUGAGCACUGUGGCCGUGGAUCACUGAGAGCAUGGAUCUGCAAUUGAAGACAGUGAGACAGGAGGAAAUGAAUCACAAACAGAAAACCAGGAAGACCCCUGAGAAGUAUUUAAGAAGACAUUGGAAUUCUGCUUAUUUAGGGAGAACCUGGCUAGUGACAUGUACCUCAUAUCACAGAUGGACAUUGACCAGUACGUGCCAAUCACAACAGUGGCUAACCUGGACCACAUCAAGAAGCUCAGUACUGAUCUGGACUUAAUUGUCGAGGUGCUGAGAUCUUUACCUUUAGUUCAAGUAGACGAGAAAGGAGAAAAAGUCAGGCCAACAAAUCAUUGCAUAGUGAUAUUACAUGAAAUAUCUGAAUCCACCCCAGUAGAAGUAGAAGCAUUAUUUAAAGAAGAUAAUUUACCAAAAUUUAUAAACUGUGAAUUUGCCUAUAAUGAUAAUUGGUUCAUCACAUUUGAAACGGAAGAUGAUGCACAGCAGUCUUACAAAUAUCUUCAAGAAGAAGUCAAGACUUUUCAAGGAAAACCAAUUAAGGCUCAGAUAAAGGCAAAGGCAAUAGCUAUAAACACAUUUUUGCCAAAGAAUGGAUUCAGACCGCUAGACAUGAGCCUUUAUGCACAUCAGUGCUACAUGGCCUCCUUCUACUUACCUCCAGUGUACAGCCCCCAGCAGCAUUUUCCUCUCUACAGCCUAAUUGCCUCUCUCACCUGGUCUGCCACACACAGUUAUCUCGACCCCCUACUGGUGACUCCAUUUCCAAGUACUGGGUUUAUAAAGGGGUUUACGUCUCCAACCUUCAAACCUGCAGCAUCUCCUCUGACUUCACUCAGACAGUACCCUCCAAGAAGCAUAAAAAGGGAGGAGAAGUUUACAAGGGGUCAGGCUCAGUCUCCAACGCCACCAAAGCCUCCAUCCCCGAGCUUCAAAUUAGGACUGUCCAACUCCCCCGCCCUGCCAGGGGCAGCAGGUCAUUUGAAGAUGGAGGACUUGUUUGAAAACAGGCUGUCUGGCUUGCUAAUAGGAUCGUCAAAAGAAAGGAGCUUGAGUGCAGAGGCAGGCGCAAGCACGAUUUCCACAGCGACACCUGGAGAGCCCCUGGUGCCAACUUCCUGUGCCAUGUCUGCAACCUACGAGCAUGCCCCUUCUCCAGCAUGUUCCCCCGAGGACCCCAACGUGCUGGAGAAGCCGAGAAAGCCCCGUGUGGAUAGACUUUCCUCUGCACUCAUGACCACCGUGAGCAAGUCAGUGCAGGUGAAUGGCACUGCCACGGAACUGCAGAAGCCCAGCUGCACUGAGAUCUGCCAGAGGACAAGCAGAGAGCCUUCGUCUCCAUUGCCAGACCCUAAAGAGCAGAAGCCCCCCUCUGCUGGCUGUGGGAAGGAGGAGAAGCUCACCGAAACAGAGCUCCCUGCCUCCAAAUCUCACCCAGGACCCCUUAGAGACCAGAGGAGGCCACUGGGGCGCCAGCCCUCUCCCCUUGCUGCAGGGAAGCAUUCGCACUGAGAACAGAGCCCCCCCCCCUAAAUCUCCCCAGUGAAUGCGUGGUCUGGAGGGAGGUGAGCAUGGGGGCGGCCUUGAGGCUGUGUGGUGCUGAGUGAGCCACUGGUUAGGAGCUUGCGGUCCCUGGGCCCACGAGAGGCCUGCAGUUAUUUUCCUCUGAGCC